GUGAUUUUUUUUCGCAUUCUGCAAAUAUAACACAUACGUGUGCAUGUUGCAUUUGUUGUUUAUAUAUGUGGUUAGUGUUUGUGAGUGGCGUAGUCAAACAGCUAACUUGCACCAUUAAACGCGUGCUCAGGGCUAUCAGACAAUAAUUUGUUGGCCCAGUCAGUGGCGAACGGCAAGAGCCAAUAAUACUUAGAACGACAACAAGUGCAAGGGCCUAAAUAUCUGCGCCAGAAACGCGCAUCAACAACAACAACAUUGUGCUCGAAGUGGAGUCAGCGUCAGCCUUAGCCUGUCCUGAACUGUUUCGUUUUUGUUUUUUUUUUUGUUUUGUUGUUGUUGUAUUCUGUUCACAUCAAAGUGUUCCACUUAAACUCCAGCGCCCGCUCCUCGCUCUUCUAGACGUGACAGGUCACAAGAGAUGAUUCAUUAAUCAUAACCCACAGGCACACGCCGAGCCACACGAACGCGCCAGACUAUGACGGAGGAAAUAACUGGCAAUUGGAGCUAUUAUGUGUACAUAUCACUAACAUUGGUUCCAGUCUAUUUGGCAUUUCAGCUCAUUAAAUUUUUGGGCUGGCGACUAUUCGUGAACAACUGAGCAAAUAAAGAGCAAAUAACUAGCGAGAGUAUUGAAGAGAAGCAGCGGCCCCAGGCCCAGGCAGGAGACAAGCAGCCGGGAGGAGUUCGAAAAGGCAAAUUGCAAAUCGCGCGCAGCAGACACAACGCUUCGCAGUGGGGACGAGGGGCAGACAGAAGCACGAGCAGAGGAAGCAGCAUCUGUUGGCGCCAUUGGAUCGCUGGCGAAGGGAGGCAACUAACUAAGCAGGCAAC